GGCGUCCGUUUUGAAUGGAGCAUGAAAGUUCACCAAAGAUAUGGAAUAUUAGAGCCUUAAUAUGUUAAUCUGUGUAUUUUGAACGCAAACCCCAUUAAUUGUGGAAGUUAAGUCAAGAUUCUUUAGAAGGAAACAGCACGGGAGCAAUGGCGGUGAAGUCGGGAGAGGAACGAUUGAAGGAAAUGGAGGCUGAGAUGGCUUUGUUUGAGCAGGAAGUAUUGGGUGGUCCGGUCUCUGGAGGAAGCCCAGCGGUGGUUGAAGCUGUGCCAGUGGCUCUGGCUGUCCAAGCUGUUCCUGCUGUGUCAGCUGUACCUGUAGUUCGCCCCAUAAUUGGCACCAACACAUACCAGCAGGUCCAACAGAGCCUGGAGGCGAGGGCAGCUACCUUUGUAGGACCUGCAUCCCCUGCUUUCGUGGGCCCAGCUGUGCCUCCAGUCAGGCCGCCGCCAGUGAUGAGACCUGCAUUUGUCCCACACAUCCUGCAAAGAGCAGGUGGUCAGCGAAUGCCCGUGAUGCGGGGACCCCCUCCGCAGGGCAUGAUGGCCCCACCCUUACCCCGACCACCACCUCCUCCCCCAAUGAUGAUGGCACCCCCCAUGCCGGGCCCCCCCCAGCAACCCAUGGGGCCUAUAGGUCCAAUGGGACCCAUAGGCCCAAUGCCACAGGUUGGAGGGAUGAACCCUAUGGUAUCAGUUCCACCACGCCCAGUGGUUCAAACACAGCCCAAACUCACUCCCGCCAUCAUUCAGGCUGCCCCAACUGUCUACACAGCGCCCCCAGCACCCAAGAAAAUUGACAACCGUGCCCAGAAACAAGCUCGUUUGGAGGAACUGGCCACCUCUGUCGCAGAGCAGCAAGCCAUAGUAGGAGCAGCUGGUCUCCUGGAUGCCAAGAAGGAGACUUCCACAACAGAUGAUGCCAUCAUUGGCCCCAGCAUGCCCGAGCCUGAGCCGGCCCACCCUGAGCCAGUAGAUGGUGCUGCUGAAGACAAGAAAAAGGGGAAGCAGGAGAAGGUGAAGAAAUGCAUCCGCACUGCAGCUGGCGUCUGCUGGGAGGACCAGAGCCUGCUGGAGUGGGAUUCAGAUGAUUUUCGGAUCUUCUGCGGAGACUUGGGCAAUGAGGUAAACGAUGACAUUCUGGCGCGAGCCUUCAGCCGGUACCCCUCCUUUCUUAAGGCCAAGGUGGUGCGGGAUAAGCGCACUGGCAAGACAAAGGGUUACGGCUUUGUCAGCUUCAAGGACCCAAACGACUACGUGCGCGCAAUGCGCGAAAUGAAUGGCAAAUAUGUAGGAAGCCGGCCCAUCAAGCUGAGGAAAAGCACAUGGAAAGACAGGAACCUCGAAGUGGUACGCAAGAAACAGAAGGAGAAAAAGAAGCUUGGUCUUAGAUAAACAUUUUCACUGGUAUAAGAGAGUCUCUCAGAAUGCUCUGUGUGUGUGUGUGUGUGUGUGUGUGUGUGUGUGUGUGUGUGUGUGUGUGUGUGUUUUGCAUGCCUGUUUUUGUGUGUCAGUGGCAGACACUGCACAGUGCUGGAGGGCUUUUCUUCUGUAUUAGAGUGUAAGUGUCAAGAGAGAUGGAUGGCAGAUAAAUUCAGAAACUAUUGACAGAGUAAAUGUUGCCACAUCUGGUUUAGUGAGUAAUAUGAUAGAUGUGUUCAGUUUAAUUGAAUGAGGCCCUGAGCACCAGCGUUACUUAAGUGACAGUUACUCUGCCAUAAAGCUCCCCUGGCUUUGCAUGAGAGAACUGAUUAUUUCUCAUCUGAGCUAGCUUUUCAAUAUUUGAAUUUCCUUCUUAGAAAUUUGUAACAGGCAAUAUGUCA